AUGAAGAUGGUGUCGGUCAUGAAGUUGGUUCAAAAGGCCAAGGUGCUUGAGAGUCUCAAGCCUUUGCGCGACCAAUGGUUGCUUGGGAGUUCCGAGGAACUUCCUCUGAAUGCAAUCUCAGUCGGGUGCCUACCGGUUUAUGUCGGAGAAGAGCGCCAGAGGUUUGUCAUUCCGACCGAUUUUCUUUCGCACCCGCUCUUUAGGAUGCUCUUGGAGAGGGCUUACAGGGAGUAUGGCUUCGAGCAGAGGAGUGGGUUGAUGCUGCCAUGCAAUGUUUCGGUCUUUCAGGAGGUGGUGAAUGCUGUGAAGUGCUCGCAUGGGCAGUUUGACCUUGAGAAAUUGAUGGAAGAUCUCAUUUAG